AUGAUACCGUGGAGUAUAUUCUUGCUUCAUUCACUGCUGUCCUCUUUGCAAGGAUCUUAUUGCAAGAAUUCUCUUUCGAGAAGAACUUCGAGAAAUGAGUUUAAUGCAACUCGACAGAAAAGAGAUCUUGUAACAGCCGAGGUUCAAACUGCCUCUCGGUUGCAUCUUCAUGGGGUCUUGAUGAGGAGUCUGCCAGGAGGUCAGUGCUAUGCUCCUCACCUGCUGGAGGAGAAAGUCCUGAACAUGCUGCCUUCCUAUCAGCUGCUCUGUGUUACCAUGGGCUGUUCGUGUCCUCAGGAGUGCCUUAAUGGAGCAGCUUGCACAGAGGCAGGUGACUGUGACUGUCAGUUAUUUCAGGCUCAAGGAAGCAGGUGCCAAAUUGUACCUAACACUGGUAAGGACCGAGAUGGGAUUUGCAAAUCAUGGGGACAGUAUCAUUUUGAAACAUUUGAUGGCAUCUACUACUACUUCCCAGGAAAUUGCUCCUAUAUAUUUGCAAAAGACUGCAGUACUUCGGAACCCCAGUACACUGUUUGGGUUCAUAACAGUCCUAGCUGUUACAGUUCAGUAUAUACUUGUCAGAGGUCCAUCAGCUUAUUUUUUUCAAACCAAGAAGAAAUAAUUAUUUCAGGACAUGAAGUAAGAAAAAAUGGAAUCAGAUUAUCAUUGCCUCAGACAGUUGGAAAUGCUUUCCUUGAGAGACUGGCUGACUAUAUUCUGGUGAAGACUACUUUUGGUUUUUCUCUUGCUUGGGAUGGAAACUCUGGUAUUUAUAUUAAGCUAACAGAAGAUCAUAAGGGAAAACCUUGUGGCCUUUGUGGAAACUUUAAUGGCAAUAAAUAUGAUGACCUGAUACUGCAAAAUAGUGAAUAUACAGAAGAUGUUGCUGAAUUUGCAAAUAGCUGGGCUGUGCAAACCUCAGAUGAUGUAACUUGUGUACCUACUGCCUCAGAUUUUUCCAGUCCUUGCUCAGCCAAUGCAGAAUCCACUGAGGACAUAUUCUUCAAGUGCCAAAUAUUCCUACAGUUUCCUUUUCUCAGCUGUCAUGAAAGUAUAGAUCCGUAUUCUUAUAUUUCGAGCUGUAUGAAUGACCUUUGCAGAGUGGAUGAUGAUGAAACAUACUGCAGGGCAGUGACAGAGUACGCUAGAGCAUGCUCUCACGCUGGCUCUCCGGUGCGGGACUGGAGGGAUGACUUUCCUGCCUGUACUGAGAAGUGUGAAGACAGCUUUGUUCACCGUGACUGUAUUAGUUGUUGCCCACCAACCUGCACAUUUGAAAAAGAUUGUCUUGGCAGCAACCUGCACUGUUUAGAUGGCUGUUACUGUCCAGAUGGUCUCAUUAUGGAAAAUGGAACUUGUAUCUCUUUGUCAAAUUGUCCUUGUAUUUAUCAUGGAACAGCUUUCCCAGUAGGCUCAAAAAUUGAACAAGAAUGUAGCAACUGUAUUUGUGUUGGUGGCAUUUGGAAUUGCACUGAUCAUGAUUGCCCAGCUGAGUGCUCCAUCACAGGUAGCUCUCAUUUCACAACAUUUGAUGGACGUCAUUUUACCUUUCUUGGGAUUUGCCAGUACAUUUUGGUAAAAGGCACUGGGAAAAACAAAUUCACAAUCACUUUGCAGAAAGCACCUUGUGGACAGAAUUUUGACCAUGCCUGCAUUGAGUCUAUAACACUAGUUCUUGAAGAUGAUGUGAGGAAACAAGUAACUCUCACAAGAUAUGGUCAAGUCCAAACUGUCCAUAACCAAGUUUUUAACCUUAAUGGGGCUAUUGAAAUUCAGAAUAUAUCUUCUUUCUUUGUUCAACUGAAAACUAGUUUUGGUUUGAAGAUACUGUUUGCUACAGAUGGAGAGAGGAUCUAUGUUCAAGCUGAUGUCAGAUGGAAGGGAAGAACAUUAGGACUAUGUGGAACGUACAACGGGAAUUUAAGAGAUGAUUUUCUAUCUCCAGCAGGGAUGAUAGAAGGGACCCCACAACUUCAUGCCAAUGCAUGGAAGGUUUCCUCAGCUUGCUCCGUGCCUGUCAAUAUUCCUGUGGUUGAUCCCUGCAACAUUAAUCAGCAAAAUGCUGGGUAUGCAUCUCACUGUGAUAUCAUCAAUCAAGAAGUUUUUGCUCCCUGCCAUGCCUACAUCAGUCCAGGGUUAUACUACCAGCUAUGCCGCUUUGACGCAUGCAAAUGUGGAAGCAGCUGCUUGUGUAAUGCUCUGGCACACUAUGCUUACGUCUGUGGAAAGCAUGGGGUCAUUGUUGACUUCAGAUCUCAUAUUUCUCAUUGUGCUGUGCUGUGUCACAGUGGUAUGCUUUAUCAUCAGUGCUCUUCUUUUUGUAAACAUUCCUGUGCUUCACUUUCUGUGGCAAAUAUCUGUGGUGACGACUGUGCAGAAGGAUGUAAUUGUCCUGAUGGGAAAUAUUUCGACGAGUCAGUCAACUUUUGUGUUUCAAUAUCUGCCUGUCAUUGUCAUUACAAGGGCAAAGCCCUCCAGCCUGGAGAAAUCCUCUCUACGCCAACAGGCUCCUGUCAAUGUUUGAAUGGAACAGUGAAAUGUAUUGAAGCCGCUACAGAAAAUAAUGUUCACGUAUGCCCUGAAGGAAAAAUCUACUAUGACUGCAGAUCUCCUGUGCCUGGAUUACCAGCAGCAGGUGUGAAUUGUGGGAUCUCUUGUGCAAACCUCGCCAUGAACUUCUCCUGUGUCCCCUCACCACCCUGUGCAAGCGGCUGCAUUUGCCCCCCUGGGAUGGCUGAGCAUAGAGGGAAAUGUUAUAUUCCUGACAGUUGUCCAUGCACAUGGAAAGACAGGGAAUUUCUGUCAGGAGAAGUGAUAGCUACACCAUGUUACACCUGUGUUUGUCGGAGAGGUGUAUUCAAUUGCACUAGUUACCCCUGUCCUGCUGUCUGCACUAUUUAUGGAGAUCGACAUUAUUAUACCUUUGAUGGACUGGAGUAUGAUUAUGUCAGUGACUGCCAAACUUACCUGCUAAAGAGCACAGAUAACUCAAAUAUAUCUAUAAUCGCUCAGAACAAAAAGUGCUUUGACAAUGAUAUUGUUUGCUCGAAGACUGUUUACAUCACUGUUGGAGACACUGAGAUUUAUUUUAGUGAACCUUCUGAGAAGCAGGUUAGUUAUUUUCUGGAAAACAAAUCUAACUAUCAGCUUUGGAAGGCUGGAUAUUACACUGUGAUACACUUUCCAGAACAGGACAUUACAAUUCUGUGGGAUAAGAAGACAAUGAUGCAUGUUAAAGUUGGACCUCGAUGGAAGGGUAAACUGGCAGGUUUGUGUGGAAAUUUUGACAAAUACACUUCAAAUGAUCUGACUACAUCAAACAACAUGGAGGUGAGAAAUGCACAGGUGUUUGGAGACAGCUGGGUAUUAGGACAGUGCAAGAGCCCAAAUGAAACACUAAGACCAUGUGAGGUACAUCAGAGCAAGUUCCCUUAUGCCAAAAAGGAAUGCUCAAUUUUAUACAGUGAUAUUUUUGCGCCUUGUCGCAAUGUGAUUGAUGUGACUUCUUUUGUUAAAAAUUGCCACACAGAUACAUGCAACUGCAAUCUUGGUGGGGACUGUGAAUGUUUGUGUACCAGUAUUGCAGCUUAUGCCCACAAGUGCUGCCAGCAAGGAGCAGCGAUUCACUGGCGAUCUCCUUUGCUCUGUGCUUAUGACUGUGAAUAUUACAAUGAAGGUCUUGGUGAAGGACCCUAUAUUUUGGCAAGUUUCGGAGCAGAAGGCACAAUUAUAGGGGCUAAUGUAUCCAGUAGAAGGAUAUUUCCCCUACCUAGAACUGGAGCAUAUGGAAAUGUAAUUUUCAGUUUCAUGGUAACUCCAGGUCUUUUCAAAGAUAAAGAUUCAUCCCUCUCUCUUGUUUCCCUUGAAUCUGCUGAAAGACCAAACUACUUUCUGUAUGUCCGUGACAAUGGAACUGUUGGGUUGGAACAGUGGCAGGCAAGUGCCUCCUUUCAGAGACGAGCCACCUUCUUCCACCACCAGGGUCUCUGGGGUCCAGGGCUCAGUGCCUUUGAACUGCACAGUAAAAAAGGCUUUUUCAUCAUUCUCUCAUCAUCUGGUGUUAAAGUGGCAAAGUAUGAUGAUUCAGAAGAAUUCAAACGUUUCAGUAGCUUUAGCAUUGAAGAACUCAGCGCUUCUGUGCCUUAUCGAAGGAUGUGUGAAUGGCGAUAUGAAUCCUGUUCUAAUCCUUGUUUUAAGACAUGUAGUGAUCCUGAAGGAGUAGCAUGUAAAUUCCUUCCUCUAGUUGAAGGAUGCAUGCCAUACUGUCCCAAAAAUAUGAUCCUCGAUGAGGUCACACUUAGAUGUGUUUAUCCAGAAGACUGCAUACCUGUGACACCUACAGAAUCAGAAAUUGGAACGAAACCUCCAUUGUUAUUCUCUCACAUGGGUGCUACCACAGAGGGAUUUUCUCAGACACCUCCUUUCUUUGUUACUUCAGGGAACGAAUCAACUCAUAUCGGUGUGACAGAGAAAGUAACCAUGAAAGCAAACACAACUUUAAGGGGAAUGACUAUCUCAUCACAGUCCAUUACAGACUUUUAUGCAUCUCAUACAGCCACCUAUUCAACAGUUUCAUUACCAAGUACACUGGAGCCUUCUGAUGUACUUCAUAGCACAGCCAGCCCUACUGUCCUUUCCAAAAUCAUCUCUUCAACAGAUUUUCCAACUCUUCUUCAAGCCUCAGCAGUCACAUCACAUACUGUCAGUUCUAAUGCACCUAUAGCUUUACCCAUUACAAUAGCAACUCCAACAAGGCUGCUCAGCACAAGUCCUGUUCCAACACAUUCUGCCUUAUUAGCACCCACUUCCCAAGUGGUAGUUCCAUUUUCACAUGAAACAUCGACCUCUCAGCUAGGAACACUUCAUCCUAUCUCAGCACUAACAAAUUUAACCUCCGAGCCAUCUUUUGUCACUUCUGAGCUGCCUGCAGGGAUUGGGAAGGAGUCCUUCAGAAAACAGAGUUCUCCGGUAAGUUCUUCAGAAGAAGAUGGAACAAUAUCAGCCAUAUCAGCUGGAAUCAUCAUUCAAUCCACUACACCAGUGAUCAUGAACACAACAGUGAAUGCUACAUCCUCAAAACCACCUUAUAUUUUUGCAAAAAUACCACCUAGCUCUUCAGACAGUUUAUUAGUUGCUUCGGGCAUUUCUGUAGCCUCUAGGAUUACUACAAAAACCACUGAUUCUUUUGUUACCGAUUUGGAUUUUUAUAUGGCUUCAGCUUCAGUUCCUACCACCAUAGAAACACACAAAUCUUUAUUUACAACUGCAGUAACUCAAGCUUCACAGAGCAUUAAAGAAACUCCAAAAAUUAUUAGAAUGAAAACAAUUGGUACUACAAGUCCAUUAUCACAGAUGAAGAGUUCCUCAUAUGCAGCUUCAGAAGUUAAAUAUGCAACCACAUAUGAAAGAACAGUGGAUAUUUCAGAAAGUGGUCAGACUUCACAUGAGCAAAGAAAUACAGCCUCAGUAAAAGAUAUCUCUCUUUCUGAAGUCCCAGAAGUAACAACAAUCCCAACACAGAAACCAAUUAAACCUUAUUUUAGUUUACCAGAGCCCACAGAGUUGCAGACCAGGACUAUAAUAGAUUUAUCUCAUUCUAGUGGUGGAAUGGCUCUGCCUUCCUUUUCAGAAACGACGGCUGUAGCUGACAAGGAUUACUUUGGUACGAUGUUGCAUACACUGAUGUCUACAUCCUCUGAGUGUGUGCCAAGAUACCUCGAACCUCUCGACAAAUGUAGCCAGUUUGUAUGUUUAAACAUGGGUUGGUUGUUAUACAACCUUUCAAGAAACUGCCCUAAGGAUGUGCAGAUGCCAGAUUGUGGUUUUCGAGGAAUGCCAGUUCAAGUUAACGCUGAUAGUUGUUGUCCAGAAUGGGAAUGUCCCUGUCAAUGUUCUGUACUGUCCGAACUGAGUAUUAUUACAUUUGAUGGAAACAACGUAGCCCUCUGUAAUAUGGCUUCCUAUGUUUUAGUCAAGUUGCCGGUAGAAACUAUUGUUGCUCAUAUUGAAAAAUGUCCUGCUAAUCAGAGUGCAAAUUCAAUAAGAAAACUAGUUCCACCUUCAAACACUUCAGGGCUCUGUUUUAAGAAAUUAAAUGUCACAACACAAACAUGUAAUGUACUUAUCAAUCGUUUAGCAAGAAAAGUAGUAGUGGAUUCUGUAAUUCAACCAUUACCAUUUUCUAAAGAAGGACUAAGUAUUCAGGAUACUGGUGCAAUGUAUGUUGUUAAUACCCCUGCUGGUAUCAGUAUCAAGUGGGCUCAUCUUACAGGCAUCAUAGAUAUACAGUAUGGAUUAUACUCUAACACAUCGAUGAAGACAGAAGGACUUUGUGGGGUGUGUAAUGGAGAUCCUAGUGAUGACCUGCAAAUGCAAAACAUGACUAUAGUUACAAAUAUGGAGGAAAUUGAAAUGUUCAUUAAGAGUUGGGAAAUCGAGAAAUCACUUGAUGUAACAACCAGGAGGCCUAUAAUAAACUGUACUGAAGAUAACUGCUCAUACUGCAUGGAACUGCUAAACGGAAGCAUUUUCAUCCCUUGUCACAAGAAA